AGUCUCUCAAGGCUAGUGUGGAAACUUCCUUUAUCAGUGCAGCGCUUUCGUUUCUGAAGAAUAAACGAGCGAGAGAGCGCCACACUUUCACCAGCAGACAUUUGCGUUGUUUUACAGUUGACAAUUUUGAAUACAGUUGAGUUUUUGAAGGCAGUGCCAGCUCAUCGGAAUAAAUGCGAAAAUGAGAAACGGAUUACUAUUAAUGAUUGCACUUUUCAUUGCUGCAACAGCUCUCACCUCUGGUCAAUAUGGUGCAAAUAGUAAACCCAGCGAUGUGAAAUCAAGCACAGCCCAUUCUAACAGCUCUGCAACAACAGUCCCUGCCCCAAACAUCACAACUGUAAACCCCAAUAUGAAGACUACUCCACACGUAACAACAGGCCCUGCCCCAAACACCACAACUGUAAACCCCAAUAUGACGACUACUCCACACGUAACAACAGGCCCUGCCCCAAACACCACAACUGUAAACCCCAAUAUGACGACUACUCCACACGUAACAACAGGCCCUGCCCCAAACACCACAACUGUAAACCCCAAUAUGACGACUACUCCACACGUAACAACAGGCCCUGCCCCAAACACCACAACUGUAAACCCCAAUACGACGACUACUCCAAAUGUAACAACAGGCCCUGCCCCAAACACCACAACCGUAAACCCCAAUACGACGACUACUCCAAAUGUAACAACAGCCCCUGCCCCAAACACCACAACUGCAGCACCUACCUCUGCACCAGUGCCAACACCCUCAACCAACCUCACUGUAGGGAAUUAUAAUAUUAGUGACAAGAGUGGCAAUCUGUGUUUUCUGGCUCACAUGGCAAUCGAGAUCCGUGUGAACACCAGCCAGGUUAAUGGCAGAUUCAUUGUUCAGCCACACCAAACCAGUGCCAGUGGGAACUGUGGUGAAAAAAUCUUUCUCAAUUUCAAGCAGGGUAAAAUUGCACUGCAGUUUAGAAAUAAUGCAACAUCAAAAAUGGUCUAUGUCGAGACUUUGGAGUAUAACUUGACCUAUGCUUUUAAAUCUGGAGUGGCAAGCAGUUUCCGUGGGAAGAAUGAAUCUCUUUGGCUGUUUGCCGCGGCUGCGGGUCAUUCAUACUCCUGCAAGGCUGAGACAGUGAACAUGGGGAGCGGUGUUUAUCUGGAUCUCUCCAGUUACAGGAUUCAGGCCUACAACUUUAAGAGCAAUAACUUCGGCACCGCUGAUCUGUGCAAGGCUGAUCAAACUGACUACCGUGUUCCCAUCGCUGUGGGCAUCAUCCUCAUCAUUCUCAUUGUCAUUGUAGUCCUAGCUUAUCUUAUCAGCAGGAAACGCAGAACUGAUGGGUACCAGUCUCUAUAAAGGCCAGCAAGCCCUCACUUUUUGGAAGUACCACAAGCAAUUCCAGUUUACAGGAAUGUUUAUGCUGUAAUGUAUAUCUUAAAUUAAUGUUAUUGAUGAACAGGGAUGGCCUAGGAUAUUUCCAAGCAAAGUUUAAGUGAAAUGCAGACAUGCCACAUCCUGACAAAAGCUGCUGUUGCCAUCAAGAUGUAUUUAUCACUAAGAUCAUAAUAUAUCCAGACAAUAAAUGGCUCCCUUAGUACAUACUACAUUUGGCCCACUUUCAAGAACUAAUUGCCUUUUUAAAGAACCUAAUGUAAUCACAUUUUAAACUGACUUUACAAAGGGAUGUUAAUUAUCAGCUGUUGCUUAAGUGUAAGUGUAAGUGCUGUUUUCUGUGUGGUGCACUUCUAAUGCACUUUCUGUACUGAACAAUAUUAAUUUGAUUAAUAUGUGCAUUAGUCUUUCCAAAUAGGCUUUAAAACAUGAAGCAAAAAUGUAUAGGGAUACAUCAAAGGGAAGUAUUGAUUUAUAUAGCUACUUUCUAACUAACAAUAGAAAGUUUUUUAAGCAAGUGCAACCCUGUAUUCAUUGUGCACUAAGAAGAAUACUUUUCUUGCCUUUCUUUUUAAAUAUUUUUUUUCUGUUGUCAAACUGAAGAGCUUUACUGUCCUGUAUUUUAAACAGAAGCUUUCACUUUAGCUGAGCCUUAAAAUACAGAAAUGCUCUGAUUAAAGGGAUUCAUAUGCAAAUGAAUAAAUUUGUUCUAAAAAAACGAAUAAAAUCCCUUUGGAAGCCCA